UGCUUAUUGGAGAAAUCCCAAAUUCGUUCGGCUAAGAAAAAGUUGUAAUAUGUAAUUAGUUUUUUUGUAAUUUUUCUAAUUUGAAUGCGAAACAAUUCGAUUGUUAGUUGUUUUAAGUGCAAAUAAAUUACGUGAAAACGGUGCUUGAAACAGGUCUUUUUGGUUGCAAGCAAGUUUAGUAGUGUCGGAAAGGGUUUGAUAAUUUUGUAUGCUGCCAAAAAAGGAUGCAAAAAAGUAAAAAAAUAUCAAAAAAAGUUUUUAAAGAAUUUGUUAAUGAGUGAAAGUAAGUGUUGAAUUAAAUUUCAAAUAAAAAAUUUAAAGAAUUUGUGCAGAAAAAAUAUAUAUUAUAAAGAAUAUAGGUGUUAUUAGACACCACAACAAUUUUGACAGAACUUUAUUUCCUGUUGUCCAAACAGUGCCAUCAAUCUGUACAUUAAGGACAUACAACGUUGAGUUUGGCAAAAAAAGCCAGUAACAACAAUAAACGAACCGUCUGCAAAAGGAGAUUGUCGGCCGUUCUUUAAUCCUACAAGACCUACAAAGAAACUUUCAUCUGGCAAAUUAAAGAUAUUAAACUUGAUUACAUUUCCAUUAGUAAAAUAAUCAUGAAGUAACUUUUGGAAUUUAUUAGCCUGCAAUUUUUUUGUGCUAACCUACCCUGGUCUUUAUUUCGGUGUCUGUCAAUCAACCAAACCAUCACUGCUGCUAACGACAACCUCAACGUGCAACCAAAACAUUGGCGUUAAAGUCCUCUACGACUUAAGAUAUCUUUUUUAUUUUUUUACCACGAACCAAAAAGAAAAAAAGUAUUAAAAUUAUUUUUAGGAUUUUACAUUUACGACAACUUUACAACAAAUUUAGUUGCUUACAGCGUUUUGCACAAUCCAAAACGAAAGACGAAACAAAAACGCAGAACACGAAAAAGUCUUCUCUUGAUGGUGGCCAAAUUAAAUUCGCGUUUAGCGACGACAUUUAGCGACGCCACAGAUUUAGACAACAACUGUCACAACAGCCAUAGCUGCGACUGCAUCAGCAGUAGCAGAACGAGGACGAGGACAAGGAAGUUGUCGAUGAUGGCAUCGACAACAACAGAAACAAUGAUGUCAGCGACAUCGCCAUAUUCAUCAUCAUCGCCAUCCUCAGCAGCAGCCGCACCAUCAUCAAGGACAACGCGACGCUGGUGCAACAUAACAUCAACAACAACACAUCCUUUAGUGCUAUACAGUUUUGUGCUGCUAUUGGUGCUGCAUCCUGUAAUUUCAAACGCUGAAAGAGAUUUUAAUUUUAAUGAUUCACAGAUUCCUUUAAUCGAACCCAAAGAUGAACCCACAUUAAUUGAAGGUCAUCACCAUCAUCACGCCGACGCCGCCAGCUCACAUCAUAAUCAUCAUCAACACAAAUCGAUGUCAUCAUCAUCGUCGUCGUCAUCGCCACAUCAUCACCAUCAACACCAGGACCCCUAUGCUGUGGAAUUGUCACACUGUCGUUAUGGCGAUAAUGAGCUGGUCUUGUCGCUCGUGCUUCAGAAUUAUAAUUGGCAUGACCUGAACGAGAGUCGCCGCUCUAAAGUUUUGGACAAACUAUCCAAAUUCUUUGCCAUACCAAAGGAAUUUAUCACAAUGGAAAGUGUCACCAAACAUGAUCUAUUCGAAAUGCAAAAGGAAUCUGUGAAGAAGGGAAACAAUAAGUGCCAUACUAAUAAUAAUCGCAAACUGGGACGUGUUGAUUUUAUCAUCGGCUGCCGUUCCACCUACUUUACCAUAACCGAACCGAUUGUCAAGCAAAUUGAACAACAAUUUAAAGAGGGUGCUCUCGAUAAUAUUACCGGUGAGAAAUUCGGUUGGUGGAUCAUCUGGCGUAAACAUUACAAAAAUGCCACUCGGAAACGUCGUCAAGUCGAAGGUUCCGGUGACGCUGAGGAUGAUGAUGAAUAUGAGGACUACGACUAUGAUGGAGAUGAUACAAUUGAUGAGACUCAGCACAAUGCUGUGGACAGCUCUUCAUCCACGACCACCACAAGUCAAAACAGCUAUGCUGCCAACGAUAACAACAACAACAACAAGGUGGAAGAAGAUGAAGACGAUGAGCCGGAAUUAACAUCGAACACAUUGGAAGUGGCUGGAACAUCGAAUCGUGAUGACAUCACAGCCCUAAAACAAACCGACUCCGAACCCACGGAUAAUAACGCUAACGAAAAUAAAGAAAUGAAAAAAGUCACCAUCGAUGAUGAGGAGAUUGAUGAAAGUGUUUCCAAAUUGGAAUCGGUCAUAACGAAGACCAUUGAGAAUACCAAACACAUUGAAGAUAUACCCGAAAUUGUGGUAGAACAACCGGAAGAUGUGCUGCUCAAACAGGUGUUGCAACCCGAAUCAGAAAAGUCGGAAAAUAUUGAAUUGAAUAACAUUUAUGAAAAUCCCCGGGAGGAAGAUAAUGAAUUCAGUGUGGCUGAAGUCAUGGGUUCCCUAACACCUCAAACAUCUACCAAUGUGUAUGGAAAUCCGGAAGAAGGUGUGACCAGCACACAUCCACCCACCUCAAGCUUCAGCACCACCAGCAGCAAAAACAACAACAAUCACAAUCAUGACAAUCAAGCUGAAAUUAAUUUAGAUCUAACACAUCAUCACCAUAAUCAUAAUCAUCAUCAGCAGAAUGCUGAACAUCCUAAACACAAUCAUGGUGGCGGUGAACUCACCUCCACCACAUCGUUAACCACCACCCUAAUGACACCACCGCCGCCCGUUAUUCUAUUCGAUUCAACAACCCAGACAAUCACAAUAGCCUCAAACGAUAUUCCACCACCUAAUGACACUUCCGCCGCCUCCUCAUCAUCAUCGGCUGCAACAACCACCGGUGGUAGUACAACAACGAACCCAACAACCACAACAAUAGGCAAUAUAUCCGUUAAACAGCCGAAUAAGAGCAACAAAAUGAUUAAAGUCGAUGUCAAUAAAUACGAUGACGACGAUCUGGAUGAUGACGAAGACGACGAGGAUAGCGACGAUGAAGAUGAGGACAUCGACAUCAAUGAAGAUGUUGCCGAAGAACUGGCCAAACAUUUUGGUUUGAUGGAACAAUUUAAUAGCUUAACGGCAAAUAAAUCACGUCAACAUGUCUCACAUUUGGGUCACCAUCUGGCUGCCGAAUUGGAUCACUCCAGGGGAGCGGUGACCACACAGACUGUAUCUUCGCAUGCCGGCGAUUAUGAAAAUAAGGAUAAUAGACAACAAUUUACAUUGCAUCCUUACUACAACAGUAAUUUACUAACAACAACAACACCUCCAUCGCCAACAACAACAUUAAGUACACCAACAACAACAACUACAAUCAUCAUCAAUCCCAUCUUCAUUAGCACGACCACCACAACACCAUCUACCGACACUAACGAACAACGCCAUGAGUUGGAAAAUAACAGUAACAACGUCGUCGUCUUUACUGGCAAAAAGGAUGUUUAUUAUGAUACCACUUUGAAACCGGAGGAGGAACAGGAGUUGAGCUCAAGUAAAUCGGCCUCUUCAACAACACCCGCUGAAGAUUCAAUUUUCUUUGCCUCCUCGACAAAUCCACCCAGUCAAACGACCACACAAUCGUCAUCUUCACCAUCACUCUCAACUACCCCAGAAUUGCCCUCAACCACAUCGGCUAUCCCUGAGGAUAUUGAACCCAUAGUCGAGAACACACCGCCCAUGAUUAAAUCACGUCUCCAAAAAUUGGCUGUCACUUCGGGCAAAUCCUUCCAAUUUGCCAUUCCCGAAGAUACCUUCUAUGAUACUGAGGAUAUGACCAAUUUACGUUUGGAAUUAACCGAUAAAGAGGGUCGUGAGCUGAAAUCGAAUUCUUGGUUACAAUUCAAUGCCGAAACAAAGGAGGUUUAUGGAUUACCUUUGGAUGAUUCGGUAUCGAAAUGGCAAUAUCGUCUCACAGCCACCGACUCCGGUAAUGAAUCAGUUGUGGAGACUUUUGAAAUUUCCGUGCAACAACAUCGUGGUGUUAGGACUAUCAAUCAUGAGGUCAAUAUUGCCGUCAAAAUAAACGAAAAGAACAUGCACUACAUUGACUGGCAAAUGAAACUCAUCAAAGCAAUUGCCACAACCCUGGGUGAUGAAAACACCAGCUCUAUUGUAGUGCGUGAAAUUCGUGCCAAUUCCCAGGAUCCCUCCAUUGCCACGUUGGUGUAUUUCAAUGAAACCCUACCGACUAGCGAAUGUCCCGAAACGGAAUUGAAUAAUUUGGUGAAACGUUUGGAUGCCAAUCGUCUAAGUGAUUUGGUAUAUCCCACAUUGGGUAUAAAAUCGAUUACAGGCCAAUUGAUUGGUCCCUGCCAGAAAUCCGUAGCCAAGUCGAAGGCACCCACAAUUAGCGUAAAGAACUCCCCCCCAGUACCACGUAACCAGGUGGAUCGUGUUGUGGCCACAGCCGGUCAUUUGUUGGUCUACAAAGUGCCCAGUGAUACCUUCUUUGAUGAUGGUAAAAUUACCCUAAGCCUUAAGACCAAGGAUCACAAAGAGCUCAGUCCCACACAUUGGCUGCAAUUCGAUUCGAAAAAUGAGGAAUUCUAUGGCAUACCCAAAGCGGCUGAUGUUGGUUCCGAAGAGUAUAUGUUGGAGGCUGAGGACACAGCUGGCUUAACGGCCACCGAUGCUUUGGUAGUUCUGGUGAAUCCCGCACCCAAAAAGGAAUUCAGCGUUUACUACAAGGCAUUUUUGGGCGUUAAACAUGAAAAUUUCCAUGCCGAUUUACAGCGUAAAUUUGUUGAACGCAUUGCCCAAUUGUUCGGUGAUGCCUCGGCGCAAAAUAUUCAAAUUCGUUCAGUGAAUCCCAUACAUGACACCGACAGUACAGCGAUAAGUUUCUACAAUACAACGUUGUACAGGUCACACAACCGUUGUCCCGAAGAGGAAAUCGAAUCGGUGCGCAGUGUCUAUCAACAGGAUGGUGUUAUGCGGGAUCGUGUGAGAAAGAUAUUGGGAGCAGAGUUAAAUAUUACAAAUAUUCAAAUCUAUCCUUUGGCAUGUAAUGAGCAAACAAAUGUCAUCCAUCGUGAGUAUGUGCCCACAAAGACCGAUGAACCAUUGCUGAAGUCAACGUUCUCCGAUGAUUAUCUCUACACCAUUAUCCUGCCAGCAAUCAUUAUUGUUACAAUGAUCCUAAUAGCAUCGAUUAUUGCCUGUUGUCUGCAUCGCAGAAGACGCAAGAGCGGUAAAAUGGAAUUGGGUGACGAAGAAGAACGUAAAUCCUUCCGUACCAAAGGUAUACCUGUCAUCUUCCAGGAUGAACUCGAUGAGAAACCUGAAAUUGGUAACAAGAGUCCUAUUAUCUUAAAGAAUGAAAAGCCGCCAUUAUUACCACCCUCCUACAAUACCUCAAAUAUGAAUGGUGAUAAUGAUUGUGAUGAAUAUGUGCCACCGCCAGCUGUUGUGGUGGGUGGUCGCGAGGCUAGAGGGAAAUCACCGGCAACACCAUCAUAUCGUAAACCCCCACCAUAUGUGUCACCAUAAAUCCCCGAGUCCACAAACUGAGAGUAGAGAGUCAAGGACGAAAACUCUAAGGGAAGCUGAUAAUAAUGAUAAGAGAUAGAAACUGAAUGUCCUUUUGUUACAAAAUUAAAAAAAAAAAAAAACACACACAAGAAAACACAACAGCAAAUAACAACAAAAUCAAAUAUGAUAUAAGUAAACUAUUGUAAGCCCAAUUUAAUAUAGGUAAGCGAAAGAAAUCAACUAUGCAUAUAAAUGUGUAAUAGAAAUUCUACAAAAAAAUGCAACAACAAACAAACCAACCAACCAAGCAGCAACAAACAAUAAAAAAAUACUUAAUAAUGAAAAUUCGCCCUCAAACACAUUUAUACACCUAAAAAACAUUGAAUAAAUUAUACAUACUUACAUACAUAUUUAUGGAAUUAAGUGUCAAAAAUCAGUUAUAUACAUACAUACAUACAUAUAUGAAGAAAAAGAAGAUAAACGGAACAAUAAUAACUUAUUUAAUAUGAACUAAAAAAGGAAAAAAAUCAAGAAAUGAUGAAGAUAAGUUAAACGAUAUUUGAUGCUAAAAGAAAAAAAUCAUUGAAAUUCACAAUGACAAUGAUGAUACUUUGUACUAUACUUACAUAUUAAUAAUAAUAAUAUAUAAAUACAUACUUACAUACAUAAAUAUAUUUAUUAUAUUACUAUUAUUACUGAUCAUACUUGUAACUUGAAAAGAUAAGAAUGCGAAAAGUGAAUAUUUUCCAAAAUGAAUUUCUUCGAAAUCGCCACAAUACCAAGCAAGAAAACAUUUUCUGAUAUGUUUUCCCGCCAUUAGGAUGUGAUUGUUUUUGGUAUGACAAAAAAAAAAGAAACGAAAUGAAAUUUUAUUCAUGUAUGGAAAAGCCAACGGAACUACUUAAAUAAUAAUUUAAUUUCACUUUCAUAUAUAUACAUACUAUAUAUUUUUUUUAUUAAUUUUAUAAAUCCUCUUUUUUGAAAAUCUACCAACACUACCAAGUAAUGUAAUAAUUUGGGAAUCCAUAUAAUAUUCAAAACUCAUUCAAUUCGAUUAAGUUGAUAUAUAUGUUUGUAUAUUUACUUUUAAUAUGUUGUAUGUUAAGAGGAUUAUUUUCAUCUGGAAAACCUAAAAAUAUUUUUUGUAAAAAGAAAACCCUAAGAAUAUUUUCAAUUCUGUAAGUCCUCUGAAAGGAGGUCUUCGAUCAAGUAUUUUCGUUGUAUUUGAAUCCUUAAAAAUUUUAUAUAUGGAAGGUCUAAUAUAAUGCUUCUAUUGCGCCAGGAAAACAUACACAUUUUUAGAGCCAUAAAAUUUAAAUACAAAAUUCCUCAACUUAGCAUUCGAAAUUUGAAUUUAUGUACAUUUGUUGCCACAUGAAAGAAAAAUGUAAAUCUUAAAUUUUUCCUUCCGAUUUUUAAAGCUAAAGAUGAGAAUACAUAAAACGUUUUUUUGUCUGGCUUAAGUCAUCGACUGGCUUCUUCGGGAAAGAACAAAGGACCGUAAGGCAAAAAAUCGAACUAGGUGUGGCAAUACAUAAAGCCCUUAUCUGACUGGCUUAAGUCAUCAGCUGGCGUCUUCGUGGAUGAACAAAGGAGUUUUUGGUUGACUUAGUUCGAUUUUGGCCCUGGGCUCCUUUGUUCAGUUCCAGAUAAGCGCUUUAUGAAUUCCCACCUUAAGUCAACCUAAGACUACUUUGUUCAAAGAAUUAAAAGGACUAGACAAAAUGUCUUUCAGAGCAGAUAGUUUGUGUCUAUACUAUCUAGAAUAACAGGUCAUGACAGGACCAUGUUAAUAUAAAAACCACAUUUGUAGAAAAAAAAGACAAAUAAAUCUUUGAAAAAUCCAAAAAUAGGAUUUCAAAAUUAUAUUUCAAAAACUUUCCGAAUUAAUUACAUAUUGCCUGAGCGGUUUAAAUCGCUUAACAUUGCGAACUAUGUUCUUACGAUAUCAUAACAACAGAUGUAUUUUCACAGGGUUGCCAUAUUUUGACUCUGUCUUGUCCCAUCUUUAUACUUCUAUGUCUUUCCUUUGUUCCUCUACGAAAAAGCCAGCCGAAGACUUAGGCUAGUCAACUAGCGUUUUAUGUAUUCUCACCUAAAAGGCCUAAAUAUAUUUAAAUAAUUGUCAAAAUAAAUUUAUUUGAAUAAUUGUCAAAAAUAUCUUUAGAAAUCCAUAACACUUCCGUGUUAUUUUUACUUUCACAUUCUGGCUCAAAUGUAUAUUUCGAUUAAAAAAAUUUUCUUUCUUUCAAAAAAUUGAAACUUCCAAAAAUCAUAAUGCUGUCGCAUUAUUAAUAUUCUUUCAUUUUUUAUAUCUGUACACAUUUUUUUUAUAAAAAAUACACUUUCACCCACAUAAAGAGUAAAUAUACAACAAUGCCCAAAUACAGACAGUUCAUAUGAAUAUUACAUAGAUUCCCCUUUGCAAUUAUGUAUUAAUUUGUUAUACCCCUUCCUUCUCCCUCCAUCUACUCCCCUCUCCCUUUCCUCCAAAACAAUAUUUUGAAAUCAAACCUUAACUAUAUAUCUAUCUUUUAUAAUUAAUGACCACUUGAAUGAAAAUACAACUGAAGUUAAACACUAAAAACAAAAAGGAAAUCCAAAAAUCAUUUUCACAACAAUAAAGAUUUUUCUUUA